CCAUCAAAAUUCCUCCGUUCUUAAACCCCCGGUCCCCGUGCUGUUCCUCUUCUCAGCCCUUCUUCUCUGAUUUCCCCCCAAAUCCCUCGCAUUCUCGUGCCGACGGCGCCGGCGCACAAGAAGCGAAGCCUACUGGCCCCGGAUUUGCUUCUUCCUUCAUUCCUUUGUUGGUAAGGAACCCUAGCGUGAUCGUUUUUCGGGGGGAUUUUCGCGGUUCCUUGCCUAUUUCUUAGGUGCGAGUUAAUCCAUCCACCAUUCUUUGAUUAUUUUCCACGGACAAGAGGAAUCCAGUUACUACUGAUCAGUGUUAAUUUUGCCCUUGGGGUUUUUCCGUUCUUUGCUGUGGCAGCGUCGCAGCGAUCAACCCAACUCCAAAUCAUUCUCCCCUCCAUCAUUGAUUUAGUUGCCGAUCCCUUUGCAGUAAUCACUUCUUUUUCCCCAAACAAUAUCUGGGAUUCGUCCAGCUAAAUCUCCGUACGCACGUUGAGUACAACACUGGGUGUAAAUAAAAUCAUUCUGGAUGGCAGAGGAAAUCCACACAUCUGCAUCGACCCGAUCCUUUUAUUACUAUUAGUCAUUCCAUGGAUAGGCUUUUGGCCGGUUUUUAUCUGAAUAUUUUAGAAAUUGGUCGCGUUUCUCAUUUCCUAACUAGUAUACCAACUUAAAGUGUGUAUAAAUGAAAUGUUGGCUAUUUAAUCAUUUCCGAGGACUAGCACAGCUUUCCAUUCACUUUAAUUUGACAUGCCUCUUUACCAUAUGAAUCACUUCAAAUCAGUUGAUAGCACUGACUGAACGCUUUUUUGGGCUCAUCCUCGGGGCAUUUUAUCUCUCAACAUCCAAAUCCCGAUGGAGCAUACCUCUGAAGAAGAAUCUGAGAUUAGUGAUUCGGAGAUCGAUGAGUACAAGGACAAGAUCUACGCGCAACUGCGGCUGCGGUCCCAAAAAUUGAAAGUGCAGUAUGGUGAGAAGAUCUUCCGGUGCCCGCUCUGCCUAGGGAAAAGGAAGCAAGAUUACAACGUCAAGGAUCUUCUGCAGCAUGCCUCAGGAAUAGGGGCUGCUCAGAAACGCAAGCCCAGGGUGAGGGCAGCACACCUAGCACUUGCAGAGUAUGUGAAGAAUGAUUUGGGCAGCUCCUUGGAACCAUCAUUGCAGCUUGCCAUCGUUGAGUAUAAGCCUCCUAAGAUUGAACAAGAGAAGUUCGUAUGGCCGUGGAUGGGCAUUCUGGUUAAUCUACCAGCUGAUUUGAUGGAUACAAAUUUUGUCAGGGAGAGUGAGCAUAUGUUAAAAUCACAGUUAUCACGGUUCAGACCAUGCGAAGUCACUGUUCUUUUGGAUUCAAAGGGCCAGACUGAUCACUCCAUCAUCAAGUUUGCUGAAGACUGGACUGGGUUCAAGGAUGCAUUAGCUUUUGAAAACCAUUUCAUAGUGGAGCAGUACAGUAAGACUGAUUGGAACAGAAGAAACUGUAAAAUGGACGAUCUUUAUGGAUGGCUUGCAAGAUCUGAUGAUUAUAACUCUCAUGGGACAAUAGGAGAGCAUUUGAGGAAAAUUGGAGUUCUAAAAAGUGUUGGUGAUCGGGAACAUGAGAGAACUGAGCGUAUUGCUCAUUUUACUCGCCAAAUAGAAGAGAAGAAUAAGCAUUUACAAGAACUGGAGCUGAAGCACAAUCAAACUGCAAUGAAACUUGAAAGCAUGAUGAAAGACAAGGAUCGAAUGGUUGAGGAACAUAAUGAAAAGAUAAGAAAGAUGCAGGAAGACGCUCGUUGGAAUUCUAGUAAAAUAGUUGAAGAUAAUCAAAGACUGCAACAGGAACUGAAGACCAGGAGAGAACAAGCCAUCCGGAGACAUAAGCAACUUGAAGAGUUGGCUAGGAAAAGUAAUAUUGACAGAGCAAAAGUCGAAGCAGAGAAAGAAAAGAAUGCAAACGAGAAUGUUCUUCUUGACUUAGCAACCCUAAAGCAUAAGAAGGCGCGUGAAGAGCUCAGGCAGCUUCUCAAGAAACACGAGCAAGAGAAAGAAGAUGCUUUCAGGAGGCAAUACAAACUGGAAGAGGACUUAACUUCUAAGCAGAAUCUUGAGAUGGAAUUAGCACAGUUGAGAGGGAAGUUAGAGGUAAUGAAGCACAUGGGAGCUGAGGCAGAUACAACAUCAAAGGAAUUUGAUAAGGUGUCUGAAGAGCUGAAAGAGAAAGAUGAACAGCUUGAAGCCAUGGAAUCUGCAAACCAGGCCCUUAUUAUUGUGGAACGAAGGACCAAUGAUGAACUUGAACAAGCCAAGAAAGAACUUAUACAGGGCCUACAACAGAUACAAGUAACUCGAUCCACUAUUGGUGUCAAGAGAAUGGGUGUGCUUGAUGAAAAAGCUUUUGUUGCUGCAUGCAAAAAGAAAGAGGGAAAUGGUGUUUCGAAAAAAAAUGCAAAGUAUGAUGUAGAGGCAACACUUGUGUUAUCAAAAUGGGAAGAUGAGAUCAAGCAACCAGAUUGGCAUCCUUUCAAAGUUAUCGAUGUUGAUGGACAGACAAAGGAAAUAGUCCGGGAAGACGAUGAGAAGCUGCAAGCCCUGAAAGAAGAGCUGGGGCAGGAGGCCCACGAUGUUGUGGUCAAGGCCCUUCUUGAGAUGAACGAAUACAACCCCAGCGGCAGGUACCCUGUCCCCGUGCUGUGGAACUUCAAGGAGAACCGGAGAGCGCCGCUUGACGAGGCAGUAGCGUACAUUCUCAAGCAGUGGAAGGCGAGCAAGAACAAGAGAACCUACUUCUCCUGAGUGAGAUUGACGUCUCCUAGUCCUAGUUGUAGUUUCUGGCCUGUGGCGCUGUAAAAUCGUACCGUAGUAACAGUACUUGAUGCUUAGUAAAUUCUGAAAGGAAUAAACACAAUUGCGACGAGGGUUUUA